AUGGUCCUCCUCACCAUGACGCGUAUCGUGGUGGCAGCUGUGAAAGGAUGUCAAGACGUAGCACCUGGAGAGCUCGAGAAGCUACAGCUCGGCUCAGAACCGUCACUCGCCGCACCAGAGGUCGGUAAUCCAAUAUCACAUGGGCAACUCAUCGACAUAUCGAAGCUGCUCAAGGCCCGGAGCAAUCUUCAAGAAGACGAAUUAGAAGACCAAGACAUGCCAUAUCGGCUUAACGACCUCCUCCAGGGCUCGAGAAUCUACAUUCCACCGCCUGCUCCUAAGCCUGCCCAGUCCUCAGAAUAUAAAGCAUUGAUGGCCCGCCUACACGCCGAGGAGGAAGCUCGCGCUUACGAACGCAUGCUCAACCCGCCUCCAGUACCUGAAGCAUUUACCCAGCGCUUUCCCGCCUCGCCCCAUGCUCACCUCUUCAAUACUCCGUCCGAUAUCGCGAAACAGGAAGCGGACGAGGUUACCUACGCGGAUGUCAAUCGUCAGGUCGCCCUCAUCAUCAACGUGCUCGUCUCUAUCAUCGCUUGCAGUGUGGCUAUCUGGAUAGCCGCCCGGCACUGGAGUACGCCGCAGCGACUGGGACUGAGCAUGACUGGAAGCGGUAUCGUGGCCAUGGCAGAGGUGGCGAUCUAUGUCGGAUACCUCGGACGUGUGAAAGAGAGCAAGCAACUGGAGAAGGCAAAAGUGGAAGUGCAAGAGGUGGUUGAGUCCUGGGUAAUUGAGGCAGACUCCACGAAGAACACCAGGUUGCCGAGGCUCAUCUCGGAGAAGGAUGAGAACGUCGAUAGCGUCAGAUUCCGGAAGGGCAAACACAGAUAA